UGUUAUUUUGACGGUUUUCUUUUUCUUUUCUUUUUUUUAUUUGCAAUUGUCCGUCUGUAAAGUUUGAAUCGUAACAUGGGCCACAUUAGACGCGCGGCCCAAUAUCUUUCCUUGUUGAAUUUCAUAGAAGAAAGGCGAAGAGAAAGUGGCCAUGGCGGUUCCACGAGGUCCUUUUUGCCGCGAAUCCAAAUUUCUUCUCUGAAGCCAGUGGUUCGAUUCCAUUCCAUUCCAUGGAAGCCCCUAGACUCCACCUUCUCGUGAAGAAGCAAUCUCCAUGCUUGUCAACUCCAUUUCUCGAACCAUUCAUCUUCUGCCGCUCCAAUUGAUCGGAGAGAAUCGUCGGCCAUGGAUGUUCGUGAUCACUACAAGGUUCUGGGCUUGACCAGAAGCGCCACCAAGGAAGAAAUUAAGGACGCAUUUAGGAAGCUGGCGAAGGAAUUUCACCCUGAUAAGCAUUCUCAAUCACCUAAGGUCGUUAGGGACUCUGCUACUCUGAGAUUCAAGCAGGUUUCGGAAGCUUAUGAGAUCCUUGGCGAUGAUUGUAAGCGUGCUGAUUAUAAUAUUCGUUCUCGUUGUGCUUCUGGCCCUUCUGUUAAUCAACAGUAUUACUCGUCGUAUAAUUCUUAUGCUCGUGCGAGUGGACCUAGAUAUGGUUCUUCUUCUGGAUUUGCCUCUCGCUCCCGUUUCAACGCCGAUGGAUUGGUUACGAAUUUUCAUAUGCUGCUACGCUUUCUCACCACGCGUGCGUUUCUUCUCAAUUUUGCUUUCGCUGGUGUUUUAGCUGGUGGCAUGUUGGCGAUUGACUCGAGUGGGGAGGCCUUGUGGAAAAUGCAUAAUUCUGGGAAAUCAUUUGAAGAAGCCAUGGAUUCAAUCAACAAAGCCAAAACACAUGAAGAUGCUUAAAGAGCUUACAUUUGGAUUCAUUUGUCCGACCAAAAAACCAGAUUGUAUUUUCAUGUCUUCUUCCUGUGGGGGUUGGCAUUCCACACAAGUGAAGUUCAAACUGACUGGACACUAUAAAAGGAAUUAUAGAGCUGAUUGAAAUGUAAAUAUGCUAUCCUUUUCUUACAUCUCUUUUAUUGGAAUGUAGAUUGAUUGAUAUUUAUAUAAAAUUUUCUUAACUGUUUUCUUCA